AUGGCCGACACGGCCCUGUCCUGCGCGUCCGUGGAAGUGGAGACCUCUGCUUACGUCGACAUGGAGAAGAACUACUUUGAAAGCGAAUUGGACGAGGAGAGUUUUGUCAUCACACUGGUUCCAGUUAAAGAGGAACCCAACGGGGAGCAACCAAGUGAACAGAGUGUUCUGGUACCACCAGAAGUCAAACCGAAGAAGCCUAGGAAAAGAAAUAAAGUUCAUCUUCCUCAAACAAGCGAACAAGCCAAAGUGCGCCGAAGAAAUAACACAAACAUAGACCUUCCUCUGCCGGAUGUCUUGCCUCCGGUUACUGAGGUACAUAGGGACACUUUGCGGAAAUGGUGCCAGCAAGCCAAGUUGAGCACCGAUGGGCAGAAAGUGGAAGUUUAUCUACGGCUCCAGAAGUUCGUUUACCCUCACCAAAAACAGGACGUUCCCGACUCACCACGGGCAGCCAAGAUACAGUCAAUAUCGAGGAAACGCAAGAUCAAGCAACCAACACUUGAGGACAAACAGAUAGGCCUUCCAGAGACACAAGUCGCCAACGUUGUUGAAGUGGACUCUCCUGCUCCGGAGGCCACGCUGGCAUCCUGGGCAAGGAUUUCCUCAAAAGCGCUUCAACCCAAGGCUGUGAACUCACGUCACCUUCACUCUGCAAUUGAGGCUUUUUUGGCCCCGGGCUUUGGCAGCAGAUGGUGUGUGGUCCACGGCAAAACCCUCCCUGCAGAGACAGAGGGCUGGGUCCGCCUGCAGUUCCACGCCGGUCAAACCUGGGUGCCGAGCACGCCCAGGAGGAUGAUCUCGCUCUUCCUCUUACCGGCGUAUGUUUUCCCACCCCUGGACGUAGAAGACAAUAUGUUGUGUCCUGAGUGUGUUAAGAGGAAUGAGGUACUAAUGAAAAAAUUGACCGCGUUGUCGAAGACGAAGUAG